ACAGUAGCAGACGUGUGGAACAGUGUGUAUUUGGACAUUUUAUAGACAUGAAUUUAACAACGGAAGGAGGAAUGACCCUUGUGCCUACAAGUGCCCCUCCUGACUGUCCAUCUUUAGACUCUGACAAUUGGACCAAAACUUCGGUGCCGGUGUUCAUCCUGCUGAUCACUGCGCUGGGGAUUGUGUUUAACGUGUUUGUGCUCGUGGUUUUCUGGUUUCAUAAGAAGCCCUGCACCGUGGCUGAGAUCUACUUGAGCAACUUGGCUGCUGCUGACCUUGUUCUGGUGUCCUGUUUGCCCUUCUGGGCUGUCAACAUAUUGAAUGGUUUCAAUUGGAUUUUUGGUCUGUUCCUGUGCAAAGUUGUCCACAUGGUCAUAAAUAUGAAUGUCUACGGCAGCAUAUACUUCCUCGUUCUGGUUAGCAUAGAUCGCUUUAUGGCACUGGUGCAUCCGCUGUCCAAGAACAGAAUGCGUAGGCCAAAGUAUGCCAAACUGGCCUGUCUGCUGGCGUGGGGGUUGAGCUUGCUCCUGAGUGUCCCUGUGAUCAUAUACAGGAAAGUGAAACCUGUUUGUAAUAUUACUUUUUGCGGCUUGGAUUUGGAAGAAAAAGAUGCCCGGCUCCUUGACUGCAUGCUGACUUUUUUCAGCUUCAUCAUCCCCAUUUGCAUAGUUUCCUGCUGCACUGUCAAGAUUAUUCAAGCUCUGAAUGGCCGGUUAACAGAGGGGUUAAACCAGAAAACGGAGCACAAGGCCACCACUCUGGUGCUGGCAGUUCUCCUGGCUUUUGUGAUCUGCUGGCUGCCAUUCCACCUGGUUAAGUUGGUAACUUUGUUCCCAAGUCCUGAUGUCCUGAAGGGAAACCACCUAGACAACUGCCGCUACAUCUUCACCUGUUUAGCCUUCUUCAACAGUGUUCUCAACCCCAUCCUCUACGUUGUUGUAGGAAAGAACUUCCGUAAAAAAGUUACGGAACUCUUUAAGCAGGAAGACAGGAAAGUGUCUUUCAGUACGUCCUGCACACGCACCUCAAACCUCAUGAAAAGCGUCAGAGAAUAAGGUGAUCUGCAGGACUGGGAUUUGUUUUUGAGGACCAAGGGCAUAUUUGUUUUAUUUUUUUACACUUUCACAUAAUAAAAUGGGCUGUUAUUUGCACAGAUGUACUACAGGAAAAAUAGUUGAAGUUAUACCCACAAUAUGUUUGUGUAGUCUGAAUACACAGGUUUUAUUUUCUGUUUCACCCACAGUUUGCAAAAAGGUGAAUUUGAGACUUACUUGAUUAGGAGCAUGAUAUACCCUUUUUACAAUUACCCAUCAGAUUCUGCUUAAUAUGAUUGUUUGCUGUGGGUGGAACAUAAUUCAGGGUUUUACUUAAAGAAGUACACCACCAUAAAACAUUUUUUUUUUACCUAAUUAUAUGACUGUACUGUGAUGAUGCUGGUGUUAAAAUUGACAUUCUUAUCAAAUUUAUGAAAAUCUGCAUGUUGUAGGUUGAAAAAGGCUCAACACGCCCUCUACUGUUUUAAAUCACCCUCAACCCCAUAUACCCAAUGCUGACAUAGAGUCGACCGUUUAGGACUAAUUGACAUCAAGACAUUUAUAUGAAAAAGAAGUGUUAAUGCACACUAAUCAGAGGAUUGGAGGGCAUUAACACCAGCCUCCACUUUGAGUUAGCUCUGACUACCAGUCUUAAACCUUUCUCAACACAUUCUGUGAUGUAGAGAUAGUCUCACACUUCCAUAUGAAAAAUCCGGUUUUAGUGCAUCUGGCCUUUCUUAACAUUCUCCUGAGCCCAUUUAAUUUCUGGGCAACACUUCAGGAGGAAGGCUAGAAGUCAGGAAGGAAGACAAGACAUGAUCACAGGUAAUCAUACGACCAUAUAUAAAUGCUCUGUUGCGUUUAUUAACAUCAACAGAAGAAAUCAUGGAUGUGGUCUUUUUUUGUGUGGGUAUAUUUUUGGGGAAAUAUACAAAGUAUAAAAUAUGUAAAUGCACUAGAAUGAUUCAAAACUAUUUGUUAUUUAUAUUGGUAUAAAUACAACAAUACAUGCUAAUAAAUAAUAAGAUAUCAAGGGCCAACAUACAGUCAAAGGUCAAAUAGAAUGCAGUAUUUUUUCUAUAUUCAUUGAUACAGUUUUUUUGCCGUUGGGAGUUGCAAGUCCAGUUUUAAAGUAAACAUUUUCUCGCUGCAGCCAGUUAAAAAAAAAUUCUAAUGCCACGCUAAGUGAGCUGGCAUUACCCACAUCCAAACUUUAGGAUCAAAGUCAGCAUGAGAUUUUGAGAUUUUGAGAUUUUGAGAUUUCAGAAACUGUUGUGACAAAAUUUCCAAAAAGCCUCUAGAACAAAGAACGAGAACAAAUGACCUAACUGCUGUGUGAUCAGAAAUGCUUUCAGACUUAACACAAUAACAACACUGCUCCAUAAUUUAACAGAACUACCAUACUGUGUUAUAUAUUACAGAAGUAAUGGGCAGAUAAUGGAAGUAAUGUACACAAGAGAUGGAAACUGUCUCUGUCUGAUACUGCAAGGGUUUAUCCUCUUAAUAUGACAUUUUAAUGGUGUUCCAUGCCUGUCUGUGUGUAUCCCUUUAAAUAUGUUUUUCUGUACUUUUGCAUGGUAUUACUCAGCCUGUCUUGUAAUAUUUACAUGGUCUUAGUCUGGCUGUCUUGUGAUAUUUAAAUGCUAAAUUCCCAAAACAAACCUUGCCAUAUUUUACAUAUGUCCAUAUAUCCCUUACCAUUGUGUAUAAUUAACUCCACUAUCUACACUUUCUGUAUACAUUUGCAUGCUUGUACAGUUUGUUGCUUUGUACAUUUUAUUUACUAUUCAAAGUCACAGUAGCCUUCAGAGUAGUGACUCACACAGUCAUUCCCGUGUCUCUUUACAGUCUAAACACAGUGCCACUGUCGCUGAAACAACCUCUGUGAAUGAACUCAGAAACAUUUUGCAUAAUCUAUGUAAUGUAACACCUGGAGUGGCAUAAAUGUAAAAGACCAAGACUAUUACGCUGGUAUACAAAUAGAUUUACAGCUAUGUGAGUUAAAAAAAAAAGACAGAAGCUUUCCAUGAUGAAUAAAGUUCCUUCUUUUUCAGAAGUAUGUUUAAAAAAUUGAUUCCAUCAGAAACAUCUGUAAUUUCUGUUUCCUUUAAAUAAUAAAACAUAAAUAUGAAA